GAGUUGCAUGCUUUUUGGCCGUCCUGCCGACCCGUAGCCGCGCAGAGUGCGCGCGGGCGCCUCGCGCAUAAAAGCCCGGCUCGGGGCGUCCGGCCGCCAGUGUCGCUUCCUGCUUCGGACGGAGCUGUUGGCGGAGCCGCGAAGAUGGCGUCGACCAGCCGUUUGGAUGCUCUCCCAAGAGUCACAUGUCCAAAUCAUCCAGAUGCAAUUUUAGUUGAGGACUACAGAGCCGGUGAUAUGAUCUGUCCUGAAUGUGGCCUAGUUGUAGGGGACCGGGUUAUCGAUGUGGGAUCUGAGUGGAGAACUUUCAGCAAUGAUAAAGCGACAAAAGACCCAUCUCGAGUUGGAGAUUCUCAGAAUCCUCUUCUGAGUGAUGGAGAUUUGUCCACCAUGAUUGGCAAGGGUACAGGAGCUGCAAGUUUUGAUGAGUUUGGCAAUUCCAAGUAUCAGAAUCGGAGAACAAUGAGUAGUUCCGAUAGAGCAAUGAUGAAUGCCUUCAAGGAAAUCACAACCAUGGCAGACAGAAUCAACCUUCCUCGAAAUAUAGUUGAUCGAACAAAUAAUUUAUUCAAGCAAGUGUAUGAGCAGAAGAGCCUGAAGGGAAGAGCUAAUGAUGCAAUAGCUUCUGCUUGUCUGUAUAUUGCCUGUAGACAAGAAGGCGUUCCGAGGACAUUUAAAGAAAUAUGUGCUGUAUCUCGAAUUUCUAAGAAAGAAAUUGGCCGCUGCUUUAAAUUGAUUUUGAAAGCUUUGGAAACCAGUGUGGAUCUGAUCACAACUGGGGACUUCAUGUCCAGGUUCUGCUCCAACCUUUGCCUCCCCAAGCAAGUGCAGAUGGCAGCUACACACAUAGCCCGCAAGGCUGUGGAGCUGGACUUGGUUCCUGGCAGGAGCCCUAUCUCUGUGGCAGCGGCAGCUAUUUACAUGGCAUCCCAGGCAUCAGCUGAGAAGCGGACACAAAAAGAAAUUGGAGAUAUUGCUGGUGUUGCUGAUGUUACAAUCAGACAGUCCUACAGAUUGAUCUACCCUCGGGCUCCAGAUCUCUUCCCUUCAGACUUCAAGUUUGACACCCCAGUGGACAAAUUACCCCAGCUCUAAGCUGAGGCAACUAAGUGUCACACUCUCAUGUACAUGGAACUUUAUACAUAGCUGGUUGAGCCUUUAAUGAGAUGGUACGCAUUCCAGAGCUAAAUAUUAUUACUUAGCAUUCUGUAUGUAUAUAUUAGUGCAACAUAUUUAAUGAUUUAAAUUUCGUACUGAAUCUGCUUUCUUUUUUAGUGAUUAGGAAACAGUAUUUUGGAAGAUAUUGAAAUAUGUAAUUCUCAAAUAAAACAUUU